AUGGAGCUGCCCGGUCAUGGAGCGAUCAGAUACAUUGAAGAGAUCCUGCAAGACCCAUCUACCAAGUCAGUUCGAACUUUUGGCUUUCUUUCUCAUGUCUCAGGCAACACCUUCACCGCUGAGUUCCGAGACCGACGGCUGCAGGUAGAUGCUUCGCUCUUGGGCGAGCAGCUGGUGAUCAAGGACGGAUCAUUGUACAUGAUGAUAGGCGAGGUCGAGACGUCUGAGGAUCGUCCGACCCUCAGAGUCCGUGUGGCGCGAAAUGUUGAUGGGAUGGACCUGAACUUGUUCGAUGCUGCACUGAGUGUGAGGAGGAAGUUUGAAGCCGAGCUCAAGGCUUGA